CCAAGAGAUAUUCUCUUCCCGAGCAAACUCAGUUGUUCCAAAGUCAUCUCAGCAUCUCUCAGAGAUCCAUCUGACCUCGACGCGAUAAGCUUCAAAGCAUCCUUAUCGAUCUCCAAAUCCUCCUUACUCGCAAUCCACUGCAAAAACUUCUGGCACCUGGAUAUUAUAACAUGUGGCAAGGCCUCAAAACUCGAGCAGACGAGUACAAAAACGACCCUCCUCGGGGCCCGAUCAGUAGCCUUCAAAACCGCACUCCAACAUUCUGAAGACAAAGUAUCACACUCGUCAAAUAUCAACACCUUACCGAGACUGAGACUGAGACCUGGUGGGCCCCACCAUUUUGUCAAGAAGGUCAACCAAUCUCUCAAAGUCAACAUUGCUGACCGGGCCUAUUUCCCUCACGUUUCGGUCCCUUGCGCACGAGCUGCAGAGCCCGCAGGGCUUCGGAUGCUCCAAAGAGUGGCAGUUCAAAGCUCGGGCGAAUAUUCGCGCGCACGAAGUUUUACCUGUCCCGUGGGGCCCGUGGAAAAGAUACAUAAGCCCGAUUUUCCUUUUAAUAAUAGCGUUCGAGAGAGCCUGCACGAC